CUGGUUCCCUGACCUCAGUGAGACUGCAGCCGGCCUGGGGACGUGGGGGAAACAUGGAGAGAGAAACAGGAGAUACCCUGGCUGGAGCUGACCCACAGAAUAGGCAGUCAUGACUGGAGACUUGGAUAUCAGAGUAAUGUUUGGCCUCUGGAAACACCAAAUUUCUUUUUUCAGUCCCUUACAGGACAUCCAGUCAAAAUUCACUAGGUAGGAGGGUCAUCAGCUGGAAAGAACCGGAGCCUGGGGGGACCUGGCUGGAUAGGUAUGGGGGAUCCAGGCCAGUCCCCUAGUCCCUGGCCCCCCCGUGGCACUCCCCCAACUCUAAGCACUCUCACUCUCCUGCUGCUCCUCUGUGGACAUGCUCAUUCUCAAUGCAAGAUCCUCCGCUGCAAUGCUGAGUAUGUAUCGUCCACCCUGAGCCUUAGAGGUGGGGGCUCACCAGGAGCGCUUCGAGGAGGUGCAGAAGGUGGCGGCCGGGUCGGAAGGGUGGGCUCGGGAGGCCUCUGCCGAGCCCUCCGCUCCUACGCGCUCUGCACUCGGCGCACCGCCCGCACCUGCCGCGGGGACCUUGCCUUCCAUUCAGCGGUGCACGGCAUUGAAGACCUGAUGAUCCAGCAUAACUGUUCCCGCCAGGGGCCCACAGCCCCUCCCUUGCCCCGGGGCCCCGCCCUUCCGGGCGCAGGACCGGUUCGCUCCUCCGGUCCCGCAGCCCCGGACCCCUGUGACUAUGAAGGCCGGUUUUCCCGGCUGCACGGUCGACCCCCGGGCUUCUUGCACUGCGCCUCCUUUGGGGACCCCCAUGUGCGCAGCUUCCACCACCACUUUCACACGUGCCGUGUCCAAGGAGCGUGGCCCCUGCUGGAUAAUGACUUCCUCUUUGUCCAGGCCACCAGCUCCCCCGUGGCAUUGGGAGCCAACGCCACCACCACCCGGAAGCUCACCAUUAUAUUUAAGAACAUGCAGGAAUGCAUUGAUCAGAAGGUAUACCAGGCUGAGGUGGACAAUCUUCCUGCAGCCUUUGAAGAUGGUUCUAUCAAUGGAGGUGACCGACCUGGGGGCUCAAGUUUGUCCGUUCGAACUGCUAACCCUGGGAGCCAUGUGGAGAUCCGAGCUGCCUAUAUUGGCACAACCAUAAUCAUUCGACAGACAGCUGGGCAGCUCUCCUUCUCCAUUAAGGUAGCACAUGAUGUGGCCAGGGCCUUCUCAGCUGAGCAGGACCUGCAGCUCUGUGUCGAGGGAUGCCCCCCAAGUCAGCGACUCUCUCGCUCAGAUCGCAGUCGCCGAGGAGCUAUAACCAUUGAUACUGCCAGACAGCUGUGCAAGGAAGGACUGCCAGUUGAAGACGCCUACUUCCAUUCCUGUGUCUUUGAUGUUUUAAUCUCUGGUGACCCCAACUUUACUGUGGCAGCUCAGGCAGCUCUGGAGGAUGCCCGAGCCUUCCUGCCAGACUUAGAAAACCUGCAUCUCUUCCCCUCAGAUGCUGCGGUUCCUCUUUUCUCAGCGACCCUCCUAGCCUGGUUCCUUUCUGGGCUCAUUGUUCUGUGGCUUUGUGUUCUAGGCCAGCAAACCCAUGACAGGUUCGGAAAUGAGUUGGGGAUAGAGACUGAUGGGGAAGAACAUGAAGAAUCACUGAAAGAAACAGCAGGGACUAGGAGACACAUGAAACAAUGACAUUUAUCCAGUCAGAUCAGGUUGCAGUCCAGGGUUGAAAUUACCACAGAAUAAGGAUUCUGGGCAAGGUUUCUGCAUUCUAGACCUCUGCAGGGGCUCUUCACCAAUUUCCUCAGUACCGUUUAUAGUAAGUGAAUUGUUCCAGUUCAUCUACUCCUGAGAUCACCCAACAAACUUAGAGGUUAUAAAGGUCCUGAUUAUCAGUAGAAAACUUAAGGAUUGAGACUUUUAAGAAGAACUGAAAGAAGACAUGAUCAGUACCCAUAUGAAACUCAAAAUCUAAUUUCUCUUGGAAAGUAGAAAAAGGAAGAAAUGAUUAAGGAAAGGAAUCUAGUUGAUGAAUAUAUGUAUAUAAGAUGUGUUCUGCUUUCUUGGUUCAGAAAUGAAGUGAGAAUCUCUGCCUUUGGAGAAUGGCACAGACAGGAAAGAAACUGUCAUCCCCAUUCCUAACUGAUCUGUUAUUAAAGCUAUAAAUUCUUCACA